AAAAAAAAGGAAAGAGUGAUUCGCUCUACCUCUGACUGGAUAUUUGUCGAAGUCCAAGGCCUGAUCUCAGAAUGUUAACCAAUUUAUUGAACGUCUGACGUCAUGGGAAAAAAUAAUAAGAGGAAAGAGGAUUAUCAUCCAACAGAGGAUAACUCAGUAAAGCGAGACACAGAGUAGGUAAUAAAAAAAAAUGAAUAUAAAUUAAUGCCCUUGUCUUGUGACACCACAUCACAUACCUACAUAAAGCAAGCAACAUAAUCGAUGCACAACAAAAUGGCUCCUUUGUUUCCCAUGUUAGUGAUGCUCUUUAUUAUGUGCACGUGCAAGAGUCACGUGGUCCAGGCAUUCAAUAUGAACCACUCCAGGUUCGUGGUCAGCUCGGCGGAGUCCCUGUUGAGGGAGUACUCCAAGGCCAGCACAGCCAGGCCAGAGAUGACCCAGCAACAGUUCGCACAGUUAUUGAAGGUGUCCACAUCACACAAGAUGGACUUUAUCCAGAACGUUUUGGGGGUGUGCUUAAGAAAGGACCGCAACUGUACCUGGAAAGCUCAGUGUCCAGGUAUUCCAGAAAUAUUUUACAACUUGGCCAUCGAUGGCGUUCUGGACGUGGAGGGGUUCAUCGGAGCACUCCCCGUGGCCUUGAACACGCUAAACUCCAAAAGCUGCGCCCGAGGAUUUGAAGAUGCUACGCUUCAUCUCAAGCAUAAAACCAAGCCAUCGUCUGCAGAAGCCUGGGGAUACAGUAUCGGUUUUUCAUCUUUGAUCAUUGUCAUAUCAAACAUCGGGAUAUGUCUGGGGCCCAUCAUGGAGAGAAAGUUUUUCAAACGUUUGUUACAGUUUUUAGUGGCCAUGGGAGCAGGAUCUCUUGCUUCUACUGGGUUAUUAGUUCUCAUACCAGAGGCGUUUGACAUCAUGUCAGUCGAAGAGAUGGGGAAUGACUACAUCUGGAAAGCUUCUGUGGCUAUAAUAUCAAUCUACGUAUUUUUUAGUUUAGAGAGAAUCCUCAAGACAUGUCUAUAUAACAGAACAAAAGACAUCAAUGAUAUAUCCAAUUCCUUGGUAGUUGAAAAUAGCGGAGUUGAUAUCCCAUUGACGACCAACAACGAAAACACCAAGGCUCUAAUGGAGAAGAAAGAGAUGGGCCAUGGUCAUUCACAUGGAUUUGAUGAAAACCAUAAUGACCGAAUCACCCUGGCCUGGAUGGUGAUGUCUGGUGAUGUCAUACACAACUUUGUCGAUGGGUUGUCCAUUGGGGCAGCGUUCACUGAGGACAUCACUCUGGGAAUCAAUAUAUCAUUAGCUAUCAUUUGUGAGGAGCUACCACAUGAAUUAGCGGACAUCGCCAUUCUCCUUCAUUCUGGCCUGUCCAUCAAGAAGUCACUGCUGGUCAACUUCCUGUCUGCGUGUGUCUGCUACGUCGGUCUAAUUAUCGGAGUUAUUCUUGGCUCUAACAUUGCUGCAGCCAGCAAGUGGAUCUUUGCUAUAGCUGGAGGCUUGUUUCUCUACGUGCCUCUGGUCGAUAUGCUGCCAGACAUGAGAAACCAUCUUGAUUCUCUUUUAAUCUACGGUGGUCGUGAAGCUAGGAUAGUCGCAUUUCUACACACAGGGGGUCUUCUUAUAGGAGCUGCUAUCAUCAUCUUCAUUGUCAAUAUAAGUUCAUUAAUUGUUAUAUAAAUUAUGUCGUAAAUGAUUGCGCAUGAAAGAGGAAGUCUAUAGACAGUUGUUCAUCUUUGAAAGUGUUGGUUUUCUUUUCAGUAAGUAGGUUAGCUAUCAAGGCUAUUUAUUUCAACACUUGUAGUAGACUACUUGUACUGGUCAUCCUCUAUACUGGUCAUCCUCUAUACUGGUCGUCCUCUAUACUGGUCAUCCUCUAUACUGGUCGUCCUCUAUACUGGUCAUCCUCUAUACUGGUCGUCCUCUAUACUGUCAUCCUCUAUACUGGUCGUCCUCUAUACUGGUUGUUCACUAUACAGGUCGCCUACUUUAUUGCAUACUUUAUUAUUAAUAUUUCGAUACAAUGCACAGUAAUCUUUGAGGGAACAAAAAUAGAAAUUUGACCGACAGAGAAUGGCUCAAAUGUGCCAGUAAAAAGUUUUGUUUCAGAAUGAAUCGCUUUCAGAAGUGACGCUAGGAAUAUGCGAGGUAAAAGAUCCUUAAUGUCGCAAGCUCUAUCUCUAUACAAUUAGGCUUCUUCAACACAAGAACAUGACCUGAGACGACCACACAAACGCUGAUUGCUUUGCAUACUGAAACUCAUUUUGUUAAGGAUUAUACUAUAUUUUUGUCAAUAACCUAGAAUUCUCUAAAUUUAAAAAUUCCUUAAUGUAAAGGUGUGAAUUAAUAAAAAAAAUUCAAAGAACCUAGUAAAUAA